UCGCGCUACCACCGUCGACGCCGGUAUUUAGUCGGUAUCUCAAUACAUAUUAUAAUAUGCGAAUUACGAAAACUAUGUAGUUUAGAAUCUUGAUUAAAAUAUAUUCACAUAAAAAUUUUAAAUUUAAAAGUUUUAAAUGUUUUUAAACUUUUGGAGUAAUAAUAAAAAAAAAAAAUGAUAAUAAAUAAUCGUAGUAAUCGAAAAUAUUGCAAUUACAUAGAAUAUGAACAGUGUUGAUAGACAUUAAAUCGCUUAACAUGUACGGUUUUACUGCAUAUAAACUACACACGGUUACUCCAAAUCCAUGUCGGUCAUCCGAUACUGGACGAAGGACAUCUGCAACCGUUCAUUUUAAUUCGAAAAUCCCAUUUAACAAUACCACGGACCAUAUUUACAGAACAAAAGAUACUUUCAAAUCUUCAACAUUAACAUCUUCUACAGCCACGUGUAAUAGACGUGGUGCGCCAAGAUAUGCUUUACCAGAUCAAAAUACAUCAUUUGGUCGUGGGUCAUUUCCAAAUGAUUACAAUGAUGACAGCCUUGACGAUUAUUUAAGUCACAGGCGGUAUUCAGCAGAUGAAUGUAGCUUAGAUACAGGGCGAAAAUCUUUAACAUUUGACUUAUAUGAUAAGAAGAUCUCAGAAAGCAUUCACGACGUGCAAAAGAAAUUUCAUGAAAUCACUGUAUACGAAAACAGAACUGUCAAAGAGAUGACACCAGAAAUACCAGAUUCGAGAGUACGAACACCACCGGAAUUAUCACGUGUAAAUACAGAUGACCCAGCCGAAUGUGUUAAGCAGAUGUUAAAAGCUGCUAGAGACAUGGAGUUGGAAUCAGUUAUUAAUAUUUUAACAAGCCAUGAUGAAGAAUUUUUUAGAAAUAAUAUCAAUGAUACGGAUUCUACAGGUCGAACACUGUUGAGUUAUAUGGCAUCAAGUGGCAGUGUUGAAAUAGUCGAAGAAAUAUUGAGAAUACCCGACUUGGAUUAUAACAAACCAGACAAUGAGGAUAACACACCAUUACAUUUUGCAUCGCAAGCAGGUCAAUCUGAAAUUGUGUGCUUAUUAUUGAACAACUGUCUAAAACUAGAGAUUGAUGCCAGAAACUUUUUGGGGUUCACACCACUAAUGAAGGCUGCUCUUCAGGGGCGCACGAAAUGCGCGAAAUUUCUACUUUACGCAGGCGCAUCGCCCACCAUGCGGGACACGGGCCGGGGCUUGCGAGCCGAACAGUGGGCGAGAUUUUGUGGCCGGUACAAUUGCGCGGACGCAAUCGAGAAAUUGGCGCGCAACCGACUCCUGGAACGGACGACGUCGUACGGCCGGUGGGGCAGCGACCCGGAGCUCGGGCCGCACAUGCUGAUCAACGGCCGGCUGAUGCAGCCACCGGCCGCGUCCGCGGUAGCCACGCUCCAGCGUGCCGCCACGCAGCACCACCGCUCGAUCAAGUCCAAGCUGAAGCGGGCGUUUCGCACGUCGUCCAAUCCCGACUCGACCGGCGGCACCGCCAACCAGUAUUCGUUGGUGUCGCAGCUCACCGGCGCGGCCCUGUGCGCCAGCAGCCCCGCGUUGCCGGUGCACACCCGCGCGAAACCCAUGGUGAAGUCGUUGCUCAGACCGCUGACCGUGCCAAAGGUGACCGUCACCGGAUUACAGGAACCGCUCCAGCAACAGCAGACGACGCCCGUCCAGCCGCCGUCUCCGAACCCCGAUUCCCGGAGCGGUAAAAAACAGAAGAACAAAAAACGAUGAUGACGACCGACGGCGAACGGGUUGCGAUUUGACUAUUAUAUAUUAUUAUUAUUAUUAUUAUUAUUAUUAUUAUUAUCAUUAUGAUAUAAUUUCAAUUAUUUUUCACGAGGUAUGCACUGCGCUUCACUGCGGGAUACAAUAAAUAAUCUUGAAUCGCCCAUAUUUCCUCCUAUACCUACUCUAUUAUUAUGAUAUUAUUUGCGUAUAUAUGGCGACAACUGUGCUGCAGUAUAGAUUAUACCUUUAUGUCCUAUAUAUCCGAAGCACCGGUCUUUUGACUUCUAUCGAUGUGGGGGUCCCGCACAGCAUUUCUGUCGAGUGGGUGUCUCGCAUAGAUGGGACAUUGUAGGAAUUGAGCAUUUUGGUUUUACAGGAAACGGCGAGAUUUCAAGCUCAUAAUUAAUAAUAUAUUGUCAACUAUGGCGUAGCCAAAAAUUUUGUAUUGGGGAGGAGACUAUUUAAGUCCCACAAAAAAAGAAAAAAAAUCCCUAUCGAGUAUUUCUUUCAUUCACAUUUCUUGUAAAAUCAUAUUUUUAAUAGAUAUGCAACAAGUUAUUUAUAAAAAAAAAAUAUUUUUUUUUA